UUUCACUCUGCAAGUCUGCAAGAGACCAUCAGAAGUGACCAGCUGGGUCCUUUGGUGCCACAGACUACGGAUUAAGUCCUCAGUAGCAGGUCCCACCGUGGCCGAGGAAGUGCGCUAAAGGAGCCCCAGGGGGCUGAGAGCGAUCUGAAACCUGCAGGAAGAAUCUCCGCAGCGCCACUGCUUCACCGUUUUCUCCCUAUCUGAGAUGUGCCCUGCCAAAAGAAAGGGUUGGGACGAGGAGGAUCAGCCGAAGGGAGGGAUGUCUGAAUAACAAGGAGAGAAACACCCACUCUCCAUGCUGACCGUGUCCCAAAAGGAGUGAGAGAAAGAGAGAAGAGCGCUUCAGAAGGAAGCAGCGGCAGCUCUCAGACGUUUUUGGUGUUCAGAGGAUCUCCUUUGGGGAUUAUAGGACGCUUUGAAUUCAUGUGUCCAGAGGUCUAGACUGCUCAUUUUGAGGAUGUUGCUGAUGAGAGAGGUCAGGUGGUGUUUGCUAGCUCCAUUGGUUUUACUUGCCUUUGUUUCCUGUGACUCCAGUAAGACUCAGGGUCAAGUUUCAGCUCCGAGGAGGCUGCGUUUCAAAGAGCACAGUUCCAACACACUCCUUGUUUCAUGGAGGGAGCCCAAAGGAGAUUUCGACAGCUAUUUAUUUCUCUACAACAGCUUACCAGGUGGUCAGCAAAAGGAGAUCAUUGUGUCUAAAUCUGACACAAAGAUUUUAAUAACAGACUACAAUCCGUCUAAGGACUACAUUAUUAGUGUCAUUGCUGUGAGAGGCAGAGAGCAUAGCAGACCACUACAGGGCAGAUUUAAAGCUAAAACCGCUGCCAGAGGUGAAAGUGUCAGAAGAGAUGAAUCUGAGCUCCAGAGAGUGGCUGAUCCAGUUGGACCUCCUGACGAUGCCAAUGAGAUCUCUGGAGCUGAUCAGUUUGUGUGCCACACUGAGGCCAUUGCAGAUAUUUUGAUCCUGGUGGAUGGCUCAUGGAGUAUAGGCCGAAUCAACUUCAGGCUGGUCCGUAUGUUUUUGGAAAACCUGGUCAAUGCAUUUGAUAUUGGCAUUGAUAAGACCAGGAUAGGCCUGGCACAGUACAGCGGUGAUCCCAGGAUAGAAUGGUAUCUGAAUACUUACUCUACGAAAGAUGCCGUCAUUGAUGCAGUGAAGAACCUACCCUAUAAAGGAGGAAACACUCUCACAGGGCUUGCAUUGAAUUUUAUCUUGGACAACUGUUUCAAGCCUGAAUCUGGCUCACGGGUUGGUGUACCAAAGAUUGGGAUUCUCAUCACAGAUGGAAAAUCCCAGGACGACGUUGUACCCCCAGCAGAGAGCCUUCGAAAGGCUGGUGUUGAGCUGUUUGCUAUUGGUGUAAAGAAUGCUGAUGAGAAUGAGCUGCAGUCCAUCGCCUCAGAGCCACAUCACACUCAUGUCUACAAUGUGGCUGACUUCAACAUUAUGAGCUCUAUAGUCGAGGGACUGACAAAGAUAGUGUGUGAACAAGUGGAGAUCCAAGACAAAGACAUAAAGCAGAAAUUUACACCAGCAAAAAUGGGAAUGCCGCUCGACCUGGAAACUUCAGAGAUCACAGCUCAAAGCUUUCGGGUCUCAUGGAGUCCUGCGCCUGGAAACGUAGAGAAGUACAGAGUGAUUUACCGUCCAACUCAGGGAGGAGAACCACAGGAGGCUAUCGUGGCUGGCGGUGAGACUUCAGUGUUGCUACAGCAUCUCAGCUCUCUCACUGAGUACCAGCUCGCUGUGUUUGCUGUAUAUACGGACGAGGCAAGUGAAGCUCUGAGAGGAUCAGAGACCACCUUGGCUCUCCCACCAGUGACCAGCCUCCAACUGUUUGAAAUGACUCACAGCACCAUGAAAGCCAGAUGGAGCCGCGUGGAUGGCGUCUCAGGCUACACAGUGCUCUAUGCUCCUCUUACAGAUGAUGGAGACUUGAACAACAAUGAGAUUAAUGUAGGUGAUGGAGUAACAGAGUUGGAGCUGGAUGGCUUGAUGCCUGACACUGAAUACACUGUCACUGUUUAUGCUAUGUAUGGAGAAGAGUCCAGUGACCCUAUAAUAAAUCAGGAAACAACAUUACCUCUGAGUCCUCCCAGAAAUCUCCAGUUUUUAGACAUCACUCAUAACUCCGCCCACAUCAGCUGGGACCCACCGCCCAGUGGAGUUAAAGGUUACCGCAUCAUGUGGGUCAUGACAGAUGGACUGAUCACAAAGGAGACGAAGGUGGGUCCAGUGAAUUCCUACCACCUCAGCGAGCUGAUGUCUCUGAUGGAGUACUCGGUGGCCAUCUUUGCUCUGUACAACGAGGGGCAAUCAGAGCCGCUCACUGAUGGCUUCACAACCACUCCAGUUCCUGGUCCUCUAAAUCUGCGCUCCAGUGAGGUCAGCACAGACAGCUUUAAGGUCAGCUGGGAUCACUCAGCCACAGAUAUUGUUCUCUACAGACUCUCCUGGGCACCAUUCCCUGGCGGUGACACAAACGAGAUCAUUUUGAGCGGAAGUGAAAACAGAUACACCCUCAGCGGCCUCAAUCCCUCCACUGACUAUGAAGUCCUGUUAACGGCGAUAUUUGAAGAUGAAUCUGAGAGUGACAUGGUCUCUGUCACAGAAACCACUUUGGCUAUAACAACAAUGAUUCCUACCACAACCACAGUGACACGCAAGGCUGUGAAAAACCUUUACCUGAGUGAUGAGACCACCCAAAGCUUAGAUGCAUCCUGGGAGCUGGAUGACCCCACUGUGGAGAGCUACAGGAUUUCCUACACUGACCUCAGCAGGGAUCAAGGGGAGGAAUCUAUAUCAAUUGGUGGGGGUCAGAAAAGCACAGUGCUCCAGCCUUUACUGCCAGACACGCGGUACAAAGUGACAGUCACGCCAGUGUACGGUGAUGGACGAGACGGCAUCAGCGCUUCUGCCAUGGGUUCCACAUUGCCUCUCUUGUCUCCUGAAAAUCUACGUGUGUCAGAGGAGUCAUACAACCGCUUUAGUGUCUCCUGGGAUCCACCUCAGUCUCCGACAGAAGGUUACAGGAUUGUCUACCGGCCCAUCUAUGUUCAAGGUCCACUUUUGGAGACAACAGUAGGUGAAGAUGUAAACUCUAUUCUCCUCCUCAAUCUUUUGAGCGGGACAGAGUACAGUGUCCAGGUGAUGGCUUUCUACCCAGCAGGACUGAGUGAACCACAGCUCAUUAAUGCGAAGACAUUGUUCCUUGGCAUUUCUGGCUUAUCAACCUACCAGGUGCACCCUAACAGCAUGUGUGUUCAGUGGCAGCCUCUUCUACAUGCCACGUUGUACCGGGUCUCCAUACAGUCUACACUUAAUGGUCAGAGACAAGAACUAAACCUGGGAGGUUCAGCUUCGCGCCACUGUUUCUAUGACCUCACUCCCAGUAGUCAAUACCAGAUCAGUGUUUACACACAAAUGCAGGAAGUGGAAGGACCGUCUGUAUCCAUUACUGACAUGACAUUGCCAGAACCCACUCAGGCUCCAACUGAAGCACCCACCACAAAGCCCACUCCCACCAUCCCACCUGCUAAAGAAGUGUGUAAGGAAGCCAAGGCUGACCUGGCGUUUUUGGUUGAUGGGUCUUGGUCCAUUGGAGAUGACAACUUCAUGAAGAUCACACGUUUUCUCUACAGCACUAUGGGAUCAUUGGAUCUGAUUGGACCUGAUGGCACCCAGGUGGCCGUCGCUCAGUUCAGCGAUGAUGCACGGACGGAGUUUCUGCUGAGUUCUCACAGUAACAAGGAAGCUCUGCUGGGAGCUAUUCAGAAGAUCAGAUACAAGGGCGGGAACACCAAGACAGGUCGAGCCAUCAAACAUGUGAAGGAAUCCAUCUUCACCACUGAGGCAGGAGCCAGGAGAGGUGUUCCAAAGGUUCUGGUUGUUCUGACUGAUGGACGUUCACAGGAUGACGUCAACAAAGUGUCGAAGGAGAUGCAAAUGGAGGGCUACAUCAUUUUCGCAAUCGGCUUUGCGGAUGCAGACUAUGGAGAGCUGGUGAAUAUUGCCAGUAAACCCAGUGACAGACACGUUUUUUUCGUGGAUGAUGUGGAUGCUGUGAAAAAAAUAGAAGAGCAGCUUAUAACCUUUGUCUGUGAGGCUGCCACUGCUACUUGUCCGUCUGUUCUGAUGAGUGGUAACACACUGGCAGGUUUCAAAAUGAUGGAGAAGUUUGGCCUGGUGGAGAAGGAGUACAGCACCAUACCCGGAGUUUCUCUGGAGCCUGGUUCAUUUAACAGCUACCCCUGCUACAGGUUACACCGCAAUGCCCUGGUGUUGCAGCCUACCAAGUACCUUCACCCUGAAGGUUUGCCAUCUGACUACACCAUUUCUAUGAUGCUCCGCUUGCUCCCUGAGACCCCGCAGGAACCCUUUGCUUUGUGGGAAAUCCUCAACAAAGACAAUGAGCCGAUUGUGGGACUAAUCCUCGACAGCUCUGGGAAGACGCUGACCUUCUUCAACCAUGACUACGCAGGAGACUUCCAGACUGUUACAUUUGAAGGACCAGAAAUCAAAAAGGUCUUCCAUGGCAGUUUCCAUAAGCUCCAUGUAACCAUCAGCAAGACGUCAGUGAAGGUGGUGUUAGACUGUUCUGUGGUGGGGGAGAAAUCCAUCAGAGCCGCUGGGAAUAUCACCACAGACGGUGUCGAGGUCCUCGGGAAAAUGGUUCCGUCCAGAGCCUCUGCUCCGUUUCAGCUGCAGAUGUUUGACAUCAUCUGCAGCACCUCUUGGGCCAGCAGAGAUAAGUGCUGUGAGCUGCCAGCUUUGAGAGUGGAAGAGCAGUGUCCUCCCCUGCCUCAUGCCUGUACCUGUUCCCAGGAGAGCAAAGGACCUCCAGGACCAUCUGGACCCCCUGGCGGACCCGGUGUACGGGGAGCCAGAGGAGACCGGGGGGAACCAGGAGUGACGGGACCACAGGGGCCUACUGGCGAAAUUGGCCCAUCUGGACCUCCAGGACCUCCCGGUCCUCAGGGACCCAGUGGAGUCUCUAUUCAGGGACCCCCAGGUGCUCGUGGGGAAAAGGGAGAGAGAGGCGACAAUGGACCAGCAGGACCUUUGGGGGUUCCUGGAAGCCCUGGCUCACCUGGCAGAGAUGGUCCUCCAGGAACGAGGGGCCAGCCGGGUAACAGUGGACCUCAGGGAAGACAAGGACCUCCUGGACCUGUUGGAACUCCGGGCGCUCCUGGAGCUCCAGGACCAAAUGGACCAGCAGGGCCUUCAGGUGAACAAGGAGUUCCUGGUCUUGCUGGUACCAAAGGCGAUAAAGGGGAAAGAGGUGAUGUCCAGUCCCAAGCAGCAGUGAGAGCAAUUGCACGGCAAGUCUGUGAACAGAUUGUCCAAAGCCAUUUAUCUCGCUAUAACUCCAUCUUAAACCAGAUCCCCCAACAGUCGUCAGGGUCGAUCCGAACAGUGCCCGGACCACCGGGGGAGCCGGGCAGGAGAGGCCCUCCUGGACCUCAGGGAGAGCAAGGUCCGCCUGGAAGACCCGGUUUCCCUGGGACUAAUGGCCAGAAUGGCCAACUGGGUGAGAGAGGUUUGCCAGGAGAAAAGGGAGAGAGGGGGAGUCCAGGCAUUGGGAGCCAAGGACCACGAGGACCACCCGGUCCGCCCGGCCAGCCAGGUGAAGGUCGGACAGGCAGCCAGGGCCCAUCUGGUCGGCCCGGGAGCCCGGGACCGGCGGGUAGACCUGGAAAUCCAGGAGCUACCGGACAAGCUGGACCGCCAGGAUACUGUGACCAGAGCUCAUGUCUGGGAUACAAUGUUGGAGUCCAACCCCUGCCCCACAGCGGCGGCUACCAGCCCUACAAUCCUUCCCUCAGACAGCUGUACAACCCCGCUGCAGUGGCGUACAACAACAACCAAGGAGGAAGCGAGGAAGAUGAGGAAGAGCAAGACGCCAACUAUCAGGGUUACCACUCCCAGUACUACCCACAGCAGCCCUCCCAGUUUAAUAACGGGCACAAUGGGUACUACCCGGGAAACUCUGACGAUGUGGAGCUGAGGUCCCCGGGGGUCAUUAGGAGGCUUUCAUAAAGCAUGGUCACGGAGGAGAACUGAAGAGGAAGAGCGGACUCACCUUAAGUGCUUGAGCCCCAAAAGACAAAACCCAUACACUAUGGACAUGUGCACUCUUCUGAAACUGUGGUGAGAACCCUCCACCCUGCAGUGGGUUUCCUCCAAGGUAAAAAAAAAAAUGUAAAUAUCUCUGUGAUAUCUGUAUGAUAUGUGUGUAAAAGGGAAGUCCGAAAAGUGCCUGAUCUGUGUCCCCUUCGUCCAGUGAUAACUCAAACCUUGAACCCGUUCUUUUCCAUCCUACAGCUCUGUGAAGCUGCGUGUCUCCUGGCAGCUGACCACUGAGCGUGUAACUGGACAUGUGCAUCUUGUUUCUGGAGCCUGAAUAUUUCCUUUGUCAAACCCCAGAGAACAAGCGCCAUCAUUUGUACAGUCUGCUUUUUAUAACGACUCCCUGCACCCAUUCUCUUCAUUUCAGUGUUAAACUUAACUCUGCCUGCAGUAUUGUUGAGUUUUCUACUUUAAGUUUCGUCUUUCAUUUCUAAACUGUUAGUUUACAAUUUAAACUUUCAGAAGCAGGUUUUAUUGAAAAAUUGAAGGCUGUUACAUUUUGUCCUGCAAUACUUCAUUCUCAUCUCAAAAUGAAGUUUUCCUACUAAAAUGUCAACAAAAAACUAAGCUGUUGUGUCUUGUGUUGCAUCUCCUUUAAUUUUCUUAUGCAAAUUUGAUCCCACUCACUGUGGAAGCUGUAUCGGUUAAACUUUGACCUCUUGCAGAAAUUAGAUAAGAGGUAUUUUAACAUUCACAUAAAAAAAUGAAGUUGGAACACUUCUUACAUUUUCUCACCUCACAAACUUCAAUAUAUUUUCUUUGGAUGUUAUGUGAUAGACCAACAAAGUAGUGCAUAAUUGUUGAUUGAACAGAAAUUGACAAUUUCCAAAUUUUUUUACUGAAAAUAAACUGAGACAUGUAUGUGUUCAACCCCCCUUCAUCCCUAUACCCUUAAAAAAAAUCAAGUUUGCCCUCAUAGAGGAGAUAUAUUAAACAUGGAGGUAGAUAAAGUUGACCUUUGUAGCCUACAUGUGGUAGAAAACAUUGCACAUCCCCAUAAACAGAGCCGUCUGUGAGAAUCU